AUGGCAUAUUCAACUUAAAUUUAAAAUCUAGAAUAAUAUGUGGAAAUAUUGUAUAAGAAUGAAUAUAAAGAGUUGCUUAAAGUUGUUAUUCAAGGAGAAAUAAUCAAAUCAACCAAAGAUGAAAAAAUUAUUUUGAUUGAAUAUUCUUUAGAUUUAGGAUUUAAAUCUGAUAUUGUACCUCAUAUAUUAUCAGGAAAAGAAAAAUAAUAGUAAUAGAGAAAAAGAUUUGCUUUACUUAUUACAGAGCCCUAAUAUUAUCUUAAAUAUGUAAAUAUCAUGGAGGCUUUGCAUUUAGGAAUCUAUAAAGAAGUAAAUGAAGAUUGGGAAGUUUAUUUAGCAAUAGAAAAUUAAUAUCCAGAUUUAGAAAACUUAGAAGGUAUUGUCAUUACAGGCUCUACUAGUACAGCAUUCGACAUGUCAGAGAAUUGGAAAGAGCCCCUGGUUAAUUUUUUAAGAGAAGCUGAUAAACGCUAAAUAAAAAUGGUGGGAAUAUGUUUUGGUCAUUAAAUUUUGGCUCAUUGUUUAGGAGGAGAAGCAAGGAAAAUGACUUUUGUACCUCAUAUGUAAGUUGGUAGGUUAGCUUUACUAACAGGUUUGAACUUUGGAGAAUUUCAGAUAAAAAAUCUAAAUGUAUAUUAAAUUCAUGGAGAUUAUGUUUUUGAACUUCCAAAAGACUCUGAGUUAUUAAUGAGUGCACCACAUUGUUAGAAUUAUGCUUUUAAAAGUAACCAUUUACUAGGAUUAUAAUUUCAUCCAGAAUUUAAUCCAAUUAUUUUAAUAUAUUUUUUUUGGGAUUUAGAAAAUGAAAAUUUGAAAGAAGUUUAUCUAAAAGAAUGCUAUGAAAGCUUUCAAAAAGGAGAAGAUAAUUAAUUUGCAAUUUGGGAAUAUAUAUUAAAUUUUUUGAAAAAUAAAUGA